AUGGAGGCCGACCUCGAGCUAGACUGUGUCGCCACUCAACAGGAUACAGGAACCAUCUACGGAAUUGCAACCGCCUCCGGAAAUGACAGCAAUGGCAUCUACGAUACAUACGUCGUUCUCAUCAAAUCAAACGCCAGUCCUGCCAACCUCAAAUCCCUCAAAUGGUCCAUCGUCUCCACAACCCCAGCUCUCGACUUGUCAUACUUCUACCCAAAAUUUCCUACCGUCGACUGUGCAGUCUCCAGUAAAGGAGAAUUUAUUGCCUUGUUCCCCAACUUUGAGUUGCCCACGACAAAGACACCGACCAUACCUAUGGGUGUUCGAUAUGACCCUGUCUCUAACAGCUGGUCAGAUAUUCGAGGAUUACCAUUGUAUGGGUGGAACUCGGAAACCCAGCAUCAGUUGUUCUAUACCACGGGAAAUGGUGUCGAGUCGCUGGUGCAUCUGGUGACGGAUGAGUUUGGAGCGGUUGUCAGGCUUGGAACUGUCGAUACUGCCACCAACAUGCUUCAACUUGCCAACAUCUGGAAAUAUGUAGGUUAUUUGUUUUUCAAAUGUCUUCGCCAGCGUCUGUUCACCUCAGGACCCAAUCAGCUCUAUACCCAUAUCGACCAGGAAGACACAAUCAAAUCCUUCCCCUUGGCCUCGGCAGUAACAGCAUCCUAUACCAGCACUUUAGCCUUCCCGGAGCACGCCACGUUUCAAACCAACAGGUUUUUCUCAGGGACCCGAGGAAACCUGACGACUUUUGUGGCCGCCAUGGGUAUUCUCGAUGAGGAAUCAAUCUACACCAUCGAAAGGGAUUCCAAUGGGUCAUGGUCCCAAACCACCACCCACAAUAUAACAGGCGUCGACACCGAUGGAGAAUUUCAAGUCCACCAAAACAUGAUCACAGCAGGUGGACGACUGCCAGGACAGGAACCGUUUGCUGUCGCCGUAUCGACAAAUGGUCUCUACGAGCUUCAGCUCUUUGGUCCAUCUGCAGGAAACCUCUCAGGACCGAUAGGUGUCACCGUCCCUUCCUCUUCUCUGUACUCUGCCCGCCUUCCACCAGCUAUACCCAAAUCUCCUGGGCUGACGCGCGCUGAGGAGUUUGGAGUGAUAGUGGGUGCGUUUGUUGUUGCGGUAUUUUUCGUUUGGGGGUGGAAAAAGAUGAGGAAUCAGCGGAAGAAGGAGAAGGAGAAGGCGAAGGCGGCAACCAUGGAAGGUGGUGGUGGUGGUGGUGGAGAGGCGUAUAUGAUGGGAGUAGUUCCUGAAACCCACACGGCGCCCGAGGUUGCGAUCAAUAUUACCACAAGUGACAAUUCUCAAAGGGGUGGUUCUCCGUCUGCUUCCGCACCUCCUCCUUCUGCUACAGGAUCACCACAACCGAGCCCCGCUUAUACAUACCAGGAUGAGGUCCAGGAAUUAGAGUUCUCCCGUCACCCUCGACCCAAUAUUGUUACAUCUGUAGGCAACACAUGA